AUGGCCACAACAUCCGCUAGUGGUUGCCGCUCAAGCCUGGACGCCAGGUACUACAGACUUUGUGAUACCACUGCAAUUUGGGGCAUUGUCCUAGAAGCAGUGGCCGCAGCUGGAGCUGUGACCUCAGUGGCCUUCAUGUUCGCUCUCCUGAUUCUCAUCUGCAAGGUGCAAGACUCCAACAGGCGAAAAGUGCUCCCGACCCAGUUUCUCUUCCUCCUGGGUGUUCUGGGGAUCUUUGGCCUCACCUUUGCCUUCAUCAUCCAACUUGAUGGCAGCACAGGACCCACCCGCUUCUUCCUCUUCGGAGUUCUCUUCUCCCUCUGCUUCUCCUGCCUCCUGGUUCAUGCUUUCAACCUGACGAAGCUGGUGCAUGGGAAGAGGCCCCUGUCCUUGCUGGUGAUGCUGAGCCUGGCCGUGGGCCUCAGCCUGGUGCAGGACAUCGUUGCUGCUGAGUACAUCAUCCUCACCAUGAACAGGACCAAUGUCGCCAUCUUCUCUGAGCUUUCUGCCUCUCGGCGCAAUGAAGACUUUGUCAUGUUACUUAUCUAUGUCCUCUUCUUGAUGGCGCUGACCUGCCUCAUGUCCUGCUUCAUCUUCUGUGGAUCCUUCAGCGGCUGGAAGAGACACGGGGUCCACAUCUUCCUCACCAUGCUUCUCUCCAUUGCCAUCUGGGUGGCCUGGAUCACCCUGCUCCUGAUUUCUACCUUUGGCCCCAUGUGGGAUGAUACCGUCCUCAGCUCAGCCUUGGUGGCCAAUGGCUGGGUUUUCCUGUUGGCUUAUGUUGUACCUGAGUUUCGGCUGCUCACAAAGCAACGGAACCCCAUGGAUUACCCCGUUGAGGAUACCUUUUGUAAACCUCAACUCAUGAAGCAGAGCUAUGGUGUAGAGAACAGAGCCUACUCUCAAGAGGAAAUCACCCAAGGUCUUGAAGAGCUAGGUGAUACACUCUAUGCUCCUUAUUCCACCCAUUUUCAGCUGCAGAAUCGGACCUCCCAAAAGGAUUUCUCCAUUCCACGGGCCCAGACUCGGACUAGCCCUUACCACGACUAUGAAGGAAGGAAAGACGGCAGUUAGCCGUUCAGAAGAGUGGGACAAGCACAGCAAGUCAGCCAAUCAAUGGGGAGUCCCGGGAGAUAUGGGUUAAAUCCGGAGGCUCCCGAGGAAACUGUACAAAACCUUUUGGGAAGAACUUGCCUUCCCUUCUGGAGUUUCUGGGGGGCUAACAAGACUCCAGGGCCUAGCACUCGUGUUUUCCCUUUGUCCCAGGCUUAGGAUACUUCUUUUAAGUGGGAGGGAGUCUCCGGCAACUCAGGGUGUGCCCAUUACUCUGCCCAGUCAUUUCACAAGUGACUAAAGCUCUGGCCAUCUGACCACUUCCUGGCUCAGUGAGCUUCAGGAGCCAGCUCUU